AUGGAAAAAAGUUUAUUUAUUGCAGGGUUCUUAUCACUACUAAGUGCUGGGGUAUAUUUUUCGAAAUUUUAUGAACAAAAUGAUCACGAUUAAUUUAAAAUUAUUAAGCAAUAUUAAGAAUGGCAACAAAAGUAUAACAAAAGAUAUCCAACCCAGAAUGAACAGAUAUAUAGAUUUUCAAUAUACUAAUAAAACAUAAUGAAGAUUGAAGAUUUUAAUUCAUAAAACAAUAGCUAUAAGUAAAAAAUUAAUAAGUUUGGGGAUUUAACAGAUUAGGAGUUCUUGACAAUAUAUUUAAAUUUAUAAAUGCCAGCAAGAGUUAAAAACAUUUAAAAAAAUGAGGAACCUUUUUUAGUGUAAGAAGAAGUAGAUUGGGUACAGAAAGGAAAGGUUCCAGCAAUUAAGGAUUAAGGUGAUUGUGGAUCAUGUUGGGCAUUUUCAGCUGUAGGAGCCUUAGAAAUCAAUACAAAGAUCUAAUUCAAUGAAAUAGUUGAUUUAUCAGAACAAGAUUUAGUAGAUUGUGCUGGUCCUUAUGGUAAUGCUGGAUGUGAUGGUGGAUGGAUGGAAUCUGCUUUGGAUUAUAUAAUCGAUUCAGGAAUAGCUGAAACAAAAGUUUAUCCUUAUAAAGGAGAAGAUGGCAUUUGCAAGUCAGUUGAAAGAAAUUUCAGAAGAGUGAUUGGAUAUGUAGAUUUGGAUGGAUGUCAAGAUAUUUCAAAUGCUCUCAUAUAAUAAUCAGUUUCUGUAGGAGUGGAUGCAACAAAUUGGAGAUUUUAUUCAAGUGGAGUAUUUUCUGAUUGUAAAAAAUAUUUAAACCAUGGAGUAGUAUUAGUAGGAAUUAAUAAGAAUGGAGUUUGGAAGGUCAGAAAUUCUUGGGGAUAGGAUUGGGGAGAACAAGGCUAUAUAAAUCUUGCUUCUGGAGAUACAUGUGGCGUUUGCCUAACAGGAUCAUAUGCAAUUUUAAAAUGA